AUGCGUUCGCUCGUAUUUACUCUUGCACUCUCAGUUUCUGUUGCGCUCGUUGAUGUCGCAAUAACGGUCUUGGCUGCUCCCACUCCUACUUCUGAUAGUCCUAUAAAGAAAUCUGGACCUCGUCCUGUGGUGUUUUACCAUGGCAUGGGUGACUCUGCACACUCCAAGGGCAUGCUCCAACUGUUUGACUCUAUCCGUGCACUCGCUCCUGAAAUCUUUAUCCACAGUGUAUCUCUUGCUUCAUCCGAGGCAGAUGACCAACGUGCAGGCUUCUUUGGCAAUGUGAAUCUUCAGAUAGAACAAGUCUGUCGACAACUCAAAGAUCUUCCAGACCUCAAAGAUGGGUUUAAUGCUGUCGGGUUUUCUCAAGGAGGACAAUUUUUACGUGCCUAUAUUCAACGUUGUAAUGAUCCUCCGGUCCAUAACUUGAUCACAGUAGGGUCACAACAUGGCGGGGUCGUUGAUAUCCCUGGAUGUCUUUCUCCAGAUCCCUCUUGUCGUCUGAUGCGUUCCAUUGCCAGAGGUGGUGUCUAUAACGGAUACGUAAGAGAACGUAUCGUCCAGGCACAAUAUUUCAAGGACCCACACAAUCUGCAAACCUACCUUGAAAGAAACAUCUUCCUUCCAGACAUCAAUAACGAAUUAGAAUCCAAGAAUGCUACCUACAAAAAUAAACUCACCAGUAUCAACAAAUUGGUUAUGUUUAUGUUCCUCCAGGACAUUACUGUCAAACCCAAAGAGACCGCUUGGUUUGGUUUCCAAGACGAAAAUGGCGAGAUUAUAGACCUAAAAGAUCAAGAUCAAUAUAAACAAGACUGGUUAGGUCUCAAGACCAUGGACCGAGCCGGAAAACUUGUGUUCGACGUCAUGGAAGGCGAACAUGUAGGUUACUAUCUGCCUUAG